AUGUUUUGGUGCUUGAAACAGCUCAACUGUUGGCAGGUUCUGGCCGGUGAUGUCGUGGAAGCACUCGAGGCUCUCAGCGCCGCCGACUUCGCCAGCAUCAAGGAGUCCUUUCGUUUGCAACUCCUUCAACCUCCACUGUCGACCGGCGAUGAGAUGGAGCGCUUUUGGGGGCCCAUUGCGUUGGGCCGUUGCUCCAACAGCAGCGAAGAGAUGCUCCAGUAUCUCCAGACCGUGCAGCCCAGCGAUGUGGCCACUGCCUGGAGCUCCGUGGUGAUGCCACAGAAGGUGCGAGAGAAGGUGGUCAUCAAGCUCUUCGGCACCGGGGUCAACAUCACAGAGCGUCCAGAGACGAAGGUCCAGCUGCCCGCGGCGCUCCACGCGCGCCUCGCCCGGGAGCGUGCGAACGCCACGGUGCUGCUUGGGGCUGCCAGCACCAAGCAGCGGCAAGCCUUGCUGUCCGGUGGUGCAGGCUUCUAUCCACAGAGGCUCAGCUGCAGUGUGGCGGAUCCCGAGGAGUCCUCAGAUGAGGAGGCUGACGAGGCCAAGCCGACCUACCUGCGCCGAGAAGCUCUAUGA